AUGUCAAUACCAAGUCAAAUAUUUUAAAAGUAGAAAUAAAAUUAAUCAAAAAGUGAGAUAAUUUGGUAAUAUAAAAGUAAUGAAGAUAAUCUAUCUUUUAUUCAUUAAAAUAUCAAAAGAUCAAUAAUAAUAAAACAAAAGCCUAUUGAUGAAUAAAUAAUUCAUCUAUAAACAGAAAUCAGAAAAUUAGAUGAGGAAUAGGACGAAAUCACAAAAGAGCAAAAAUUUUAUACAAAGAGUCAAUUGAAAAUUGAAUUAAUUUCACUCUUAAAAUAAAGUUAAUAAGGGAAAUCUAUAAUAAUGCCCGAGAUUAAUUAAAGAAUAGAAAAAGAUAACCCAGAGCUAAUGUUUUAUGUAUUAAAAGAAUGUUUAGCAAGAGAUUAAAAUAGAGAACUAUUAUUGACAGAGUAACAAUUUUCAUGUGGGUUUGACUCUUUAAUCGGAGUUUAUGGUGAUGAUUAAGAAUGCUUUAAAUUCAGAACAUAAGAGGUUUAGUAUGAUUAAUUAAUUGAAAAUGAUAUGUUUAGAGAUCAAUAUCUAACAUAAUUUAGGGAAAAUGUUUCUAAAAUUUUGAAUAUUUGUACAUCUGAAGUAGAAAUUUUAGACAUAAAAAAGGGAAGUAGCAUAAUACUAUUUAAGAUUAAGAGUAUAAAAGAUUUACAUAAUAUCUCCAAAAGCUUGUAAUUUUUAGAAGAAAAUUUAAAUGGUGAUAUAGAAAUAUUUAAUUAUUUUGUGAAAGUUUAAGAAAUGGAAAAGCAAGGAUUAGGGCUUUCUCGUAAUGAUUUUGAUAGUAGAUUUAAUAUGGUUUGGGAUCAUUUACUCGAAUCUGAAAAAAGAGGUCCUCAAGAUCACAGAUAUGAUUAUUAUUUUCCUAAAGGAUGUUAUGGAUACGGUUUAAAUAUAAUCAAAUAUGGUGAGGAUUAAGAAUGGAUUAAAAUGAAUGGUAACAAAAAUGAAUGGAGAAUUAUGUUUCAUGGAACAAAAAAUUGGUGUGUAAACCAAAUUAUAAAAACUAAUCUGAAGGUAGGAGAAAAUAGUUUUUAUUAAUAUCAAUAAUGUAUUGAUGAAUUUGGAAAAACUGUGCAAGUAGGGAAUGGAAUAUAUUUCUCAGAUUAAUUUAAUGUGUGUUUUGAAGAUGGGUAUGCAAGUCCAGUAUAAGUAUAAAAUAAAAAAUUUGCUGCUAUAUUUAUGUCUAGAGUUAAUCCAAAAAAAAUCCGAUAGUCUGAAGACAUGAAAAAGAAACGAUACUUUUUAAUAAAUAAUUCUGAAGAUGUUAGACCAUACAGAUUAUUAAUUUAUGAAGUUAAAUGA